AUGUCAUGGAUAGGAUGGUUUAUGUGUUUUGGUAUCGUUUGUUUAGUACCAAUAGAUGUAUUAGCUACACAAUAUAGAGAUUGUUUAGAAUCGAAAGGAGUUAAUCAAUGUGAACGUGCACCAUGGUCAUAUGUUUCAAGCGAUGUUUUAUAUUAUUUCUAUCAGACAUUCUAUUUUGGUACAUUGUUAUUGACGUGGUUGGUCUAUCCAUUUUUGGGAUCGUUGGUGUUGGCAGGUGACUUUAAACUGACAGAAAGAAUACAGCGAUCGAUUCGUGAGAAUCAUGGUCGGUUAUGCAAUGGCCGCUGCCAACACUUGGGGUAUCAUCUUGGUAAUCAUCUUGAUGGGUUACGGACUGGUCGAGACACCGAGAAGUCUGUGGAACAAUGCGAAUCGCCAGUUGGUACUGAGACACCUGCAGUUCAAAGUCAGCUCGCUGCAGCACCAGAAGAAGAAGGCGAGCGACGAGUUGUUCGCCACGAUGAAGCAAGUGAAGAAGGUGGCAGAAAAGACGAGAAAGUACGAUCCCUACGAGAAUGUCCACCAGAGUUGUACUCGACCAUUCAGUUUGGCGAGGGUACCGGUGAGAUUACCUAUUCCACACUGGUGGCGCUGAACAGCCGUUUAAAGUCGGCGGUACAAGACGCCAAUCGAUCGGAAUCGCUCUACAACCAGUGCGUAGAAGAGGCCUAUGCUCUCGAGGACAUCUUGGCGAGUGGCGCCAGUCUCGAUCGAACGAUCCACUGGAGUUUCAAAGAUGCGCGAACCGGUCGUUUCGCAGCGCAACUCGAUCGCGCCGAAUGGAUUUGGUUCACCUAUCUCGAGGUGCCAGUGUUCCGUCUUGUUGCACUGCUCUUUGCCAUAUGCUCAGUCAUCUUGGUGUGGUCAGAGAUCUCCGUUGCAAUCAAGAGCACCGACGUCUCCAUCCUCUCCAACAUCGUUUUGCACUCUGAUGUCAACAAUCUCGGCAUCCAAAUCGUCCUAUUCUUCCCACUGGGUUAUGCGGCACUCGUAACCUACUCUACACUUUUCAAAAUCAGAAUUUUCAAUUACUAUCGUCUCAUCUCUGGACAACAUUCAGAUUCCAAUUCAAUAUUAUUUAGUGCAGCUUAUCUUUGCAGAUUGGCAGCACCUCUAUGUUAUAAUUUCAUUACAUUUAUUAAAACAAAGACAACAUUCACAGAUGUUAUGGGUGAGUCAAACUUUGUUCCAUUUUUAGGACAAUACUUUUAUAUCUAUUUCCCAAUCGUCAUUACAGUUGUAGUGUUGGCAACUGCAUUCAAUCUUUACUCUAGACUGAUGAACUGUCUCAACAUUACCAGAUUCAGAUUCGACAAUGAUUUUUCACAUGAGAAUAUAGAUGAAGGAAAGAUGAUACUUGAACAUGAAAAGAGAAGAAGAGAAGUAGCUAAAAAGACAGCUGCAAUCGAUAGAUCAAAUCCAUGGUCAAAUACAGCAUCGUCCAGUAGCAACAGUAGAUUCAGUUCAAACAAUGACAAACGUUAUACUCUACUUAGAAAUACUCUUGACGAUGAAUUCAAUGACGAUAUUGAAUCGGGUACACUCGAUACCUACAACGGUAAGAGUGGCGGUAACGCACUAGGACAGAGCACAGGCAGUGCAAACAACACUCCAUCGACACAAUCACCACAACAAAGCGAAUCUCGAUUGAAAUCAUCAUUCAACGGAUUUCCAAGUAUGAGCACGAUUUUCGGAAGAAACGAUCGUGAUAAACUUAUAAGAAAUAACAAUAAUAAUAAUAAUAAAUUUUAA